GGCGUCCUCCGAUUUUAUUCACGGAAAGUGUAUCGCCAUAUUGCUUCCGUGAAUUUUGUGAAAUAUUUGUACAUUUCUCUUCAAUUAUGACUAUAAUAUCAAAAUGAAGUGAAGUAAAACAAUCAAUACCAAAGGAGUAAUCAGUGGAGUAUACUUUAAAGUGUCUAAGUUGUGCAAAUAACGCGAAAAAGUGUAGCGCCGAGGAAGAAUAAUGUCUUUUGAGAAAAUGGAAGUGGUAAAUCCGGCUGAGAAAGAAGCGAGCGAAGUCCUGCAUUCCCUUUUAUCGGUAGAACGACGAAGUGUAGACAGCAAAGAGGCUAUAAUUGUGUCUAUACCAUCGGACCAGAACGGCGGCGGCGAAUACGGCGAGAGUGCACAAUGGCACACCCCUGUGAUGGGUCAACAUUCUGUAUUUGAACUUGGUGGUACUCAAAAUAUGCAACAACACAAUUAUAAUGGACAUCAGGAACAGGUUCUCUGGCAAGGACAUACUAUCCAAGUGGAAAAUGGUGAUGGUAACUUGCAAGGGAUUCCAGGCUCAUAUAGUAUUGAAUUUGAGACAAAUGUGGAAGGUGCUGACAUGGAUGUUGAAACAAAGCCCAAAGUUGAAAAGAAAGCCGGCACAAAACGGAAGAAAAAAAUGGCUGAGUCAGAUAGUGAUGAAGAGGUUCUCGAUAAUAAACUGGAAGAUAAUCCAACACAGGUUAAAGAAAGAUUGAAACGAGGUUGUGAUUGUAAAGAUAAUUGCUAUCGAGGGCUGAAUCCUGAAGCUGUAUAUCGCCAUCGGUUAAAUAUUGCUGAACUGACGAAAAGUGAACAUGAUAUGUAUUUGAUGGGUAUCACCAUGGCUAGUUUGGCAAAUCCAGCUGAAACAUCACGACACAAGGUCAGGAGGAGACUGAGAGCUUGCUACGUGUAUCAAGGCAGAAAGGUUUGCUUAGAAGCUUUUUUGUAUCUAGAGAAUGUUACCCAUUAUCAGCUCAAACGAAUCAGGCAGCAUGUCAUGACGCAUGGAGUGGCCCCAAGAAUACACGGAAAUGUUGGUAAGAAACCAUAUAACACAUUCACACUUGAUAUUUACAAACAUGCAACAAACUUCUUAAAAGAAUAUCUUAAACAGCAUGCAAGUUCUCCUAAAGAUGUACAACCUUCAGGAGAAGGUAAAAAAGCUAGUAAGACUGUUAUAAUACAAGGUGAUUCUAGGAAGCACUUGUUUGAAGCAUAUAAGGAAUAUGGGGAAAUAUUAGAACCAGGAGUAAAACUUAUGGGUUACUCAACAUUUAGAGCUUUCAUGAAAGAUCAAUUUCCUCAUGUUAAAUUUGCGACAAAGAAACAGGAAAUUCCUAAAGACAUGGUUCCAUUCCGUAGUGGUAAGUGUAUGUCAUAUGACAAAAACAAGGACCCUAUCAGAAUACAACAAGAAAAGGAGAAAGCAGAAGCUAAAAAAGCAGCUAUCGAGCAAAAGAAAAAGGAAGAGCAUGAAAGGGAACAACAGGCACAACAACAAGCUCAACAACAACAACAGCAGCAACAACAGGUUCAACAGCAACAGCAGCAACAACAACAACAACAGCAAGUUCAACAAGUGCAAGUGCAACAGCAUCAACAGAUGCAGAACCAAGGACCUCAUGUUGUUAUACAUCAACAACAGCCACAACAGCAGCAACAAAUGCAGCAGCAAAUGCUGGUCCCGCAAGUGAGUCAACACCAACAAGUGCUGACGCAACAGGUUGGUGGAGUACAGCAAGUAUCACAGCAACAUUGUGUUCAACCACUUGGUGUGUCUGAAGAUAGCGGACAACCAGUUGAAAUGGCUCAGCAAGUGAUCCCUCUAGCAGUAGUGCAACAACCCCAACAGGCAUAUAUUGUUACUCCCGUCUCACACUUCCAAACAAGAGUCCAAGGAGCCUGGUAUAGACAUUGACAAGAAAACACACUAUCCUCUGUCAAUGUAUCCACAAAAUGUGAGGAACAGAGAGUGGGUAUAAACAUGUUUACGUAACAUGAGAUCUCGUUAUGACUGAACUGUUUACAUAUAUAUCCCACUAAAACUAUGAUUGACUAUGUAAUUAUUUGAAGCCAUUUGUAACUUUGGCAAUAAGUUAGCAAAGAUACUUAGGUAACACCUUUUCAGUAUUGGUUUAUAAACUGAUUUAACAACUAUUAAUAAGUAUAAAUUUAAUCAUAUUUACACAAUAUUAUUAGCAUUAGCUAUGUAGUUUAUUUUUAUGAUAAUGUAGAAGAAUGGGCAGUUAAAAUUAUUUUUAUGUUAUUAUUUUAAAUAUUGGAUAUUUUAAUUAUAGUGUAUAUUUGUAGGAAGUAAAUAUCUUUAAAUUCUUUUACAUAUAUUGAACCUACUGAGAAAUCUGCCUAUUCAUCUUUAUUAUACAUAAGAAUGUGUGCUCUCCGAUUGCGUUGUAGAAAUCUAGGUUAAUAAAACUGUAUUGAUGUAUUGUUUUAUACAUUUUACUUUUUUUCUAUCUAAUUAUUUGCUCAUCACAAAAUUACAUGUAUUUUAAUUUUAAAAAAAGCAGUGCCUUCAUAUUAUGACGUGGACUUGUAAUUCCUUGAUAUGAUUGGUGUUUAAUUGUUUCAUGUAGAAGAGUAGAAAGUAUUAUAGUGUUCUCAAAGUUUUCAUGGCGUUCAAUGGAAUCAUGUCUAUAUUUUGUACUUUUAAUACAUAUCAAGUUGAAAAUGUCAUACAUGAGAUAGUAUUCAAGGAAUGGUGUAGUGAAGGGUAUGAGUGAAAUAAAUAGAUUCUUAUACACUGCAGUUUUAGUGUUUGCAGCUUUAGGCUAAGGUGAUAGAGUGAAAACUAGACUUGUUACACAAAACAUUCGAUUAUAAAAAUCUUACUACUACUACUGUUUAAAUGUCAUUGAUCAGCCUCUGGUUGCAGAUCCUAUUGUUUACAAAGCAAAAUGAUAAUUUUUCCUUGACAUUCAGAUAAAUUCUGUUUUUUUUUUAAUAUUUUUUUUUUACUUGUAUUUAACCCAGUAGUAAAUGUUUAUCAUUGUAGAUAAUGGUCAAAAAAGAGAGUUUUUGUCUUUUGACAAUUUAGUCGCUCAUUUUUAAGUCAAAUCAUGAUCUUUUUUACUUAAAAACACUGCUUAAUGACAUUAAAAGACAUUCUUGAGAGGAGUGUAAAACACUUGCGUUGUAUCUUAAACAUGAUUUUAAGUUUUGUAUAUUCAGAUAAUAAGGUGAGUUAAAUAUAUAAGACUGCUCUACCUAAAUUAAAACAAAGGUUUAUUUGAAAUAGAUGUGUGUAAUGAAUUGUGUCGUUUGUUAAAGUUAAAUGAUGAAUAGUUGUAAUGAGGAAGGACCACAAUGCAAUAAUUAUUCUACCUUUGUGUGAUUAUUGAUGGGUCAUUACCGAAUAUGUCUAAAUCAUUAUAUUUAUUAUAUAUAGAAUUUGAGCCAUUGGCAGUAUUUCAUAGCUUAGCCUCGUGAGUCUUGUAACAAUCUGCUAAACACUAUAUACCGAGAGCUGGCAGCUGCUUUGACUAACGUGUAUGAGCCAAUUAAUGACUAAUAUUAAAUGUUAAUUAAUGGUAGAAAAAUAAGAAAUCAUACUCUAAAUAAUAUUUUCCCUACAUCUCAUCUUUCUACUGCCUUGUUGGUCUUAGUGGUAUUCCGACGUUUCUAAUCCCCUGUCAUACCGGAUUUUGUGUUUGCCGUCCCAAUGGACUGUGCGAGAGAAAACAGUGCGUUUUCGCAAAUGCUUAAGCCCUUAUUCCUUAUUAUAUAAGGAUGACAUAGCCGAAAAUUUGCGACAAAUGUAUACGUGUUUUUAUUUAUAUUUACUCCUACUAAUAACUAAGGCGGGUCGGACGGGUAAAUUUUACUGAGAGCAUCAUCUGUUAUUUUUAUCAUAAAUCUAGAUAUUUGAACACCGUACAAACACCUUUUAACAUACUAUAAGUCAUUUUUGAUUAAAAUAAUAAAUAAAAUAGAGGCUUAUAUAGGAACCGCGCCAUUCCUGCUAAUAAAAACUUGUAUGUCAUCAAUUACUUCAUGUUAGUUUCAAGUGGUCGCCAACUCUCGUGCUAUUGUUAUUAUCCGUGGCAUAAAAGCAGAAAUUCUCUUUAUCCUUAUAAUUUUAGUCCCUAAUAUAUUUGAGAAGUAAAUGAAUUGUAAUCGAUUUACCUUUAAGACUUAAUAUAUUAUACCACGAUAGAAAUGCUGUGGCUGCUAUAUGCAGGAUGAUUGUGGCAAUUUCAAUCUUUGAGGAAUUCGUAAGAAUUCUUACGACAAAAACUAUUUGGGCAUUUCAAUGAAGUUAUUUUCAUAUCAUAUACAUUAUUAAAAUAUUUUAUUAUCAUGGAUUAAAAUAUGAAAAUCUCACUGUAUUUUAAGUUAAGAUAAAUAUAAUUUUUUUAGAUGCGUAAGUGUGUAAUCGAUAUAAUUACUAUAGACAGUACAGAAUUGUGCCUAGAACGUAUGCUUACCGUGUAUUUUAUAGUGCAAUGGCCGAGAGAGGUUAAUAAAUAAAUUAGUAACACGGAUCCAUAAAAUAUAUAUAUCAUAUUGUAUAACUUAAAAGAUUUAGCUGCAGCGUAAAAACUUUUAGUAUACAAUAAGAAAAAGCAAACACAUUUUUACAUAAAAAUACAGGUUGUAUUACCAUUAUAUUAAAAUCAAAUUCGUAACUUGCAAUAAGAUUGUGUACCUGUAACUUUGUAAAACGGCAAAUAUUUAUUAAUCUCCCUUGUCUAUUUGUAAGGUUCGAAGCAAGGACUAUCAAAGAAUUACUUUAUAAUUAGAUAUGACCAGACUAAUUUCUUAAAAUAAGUCUAUAAAUUCGUUUCAAGAAUUGAAAUUUUUAUAACAAUUAUGUUAUAUAAAUUGAAGGAUUUAUGUGCUUAUUUUGUCAUUUUUGUCAGACUAUUUGUUUUUCCCCCACCUAUUUUAUCUAAUUGUGUCAAUAUUAUAUAUUGUUUAUUUUUUUAUACACUAUCGACGACUUAAAUUUAUCUUUUCAUAUUUUGGAAUGUAAACAGAUUUAUCACUUGAUCUUUCUGAAAGGGCUAUAUUAUAUUUAUGAUUUAAACUCAACUUUUAUCAUUUUUAAUAAUUCUUAAGCUUGCUUCGAAUCGUAGUGGUUGCUCUUAGCGUGAUGUUUGGCAUUUGUUCCCAAAUUUUUAAAAGUAGGAAGACAUGAUGUGAUAGAAAAUAAACUUUUUUACGCUA